GGCUACACAAGGGCGCCGGCUUUCCUAACGACUGACACUUUGGCCCCACGUACUUACGCUGCGCAGCGCAAACGAAGCCCGGAAGACCAUAUGAUCCCUUCCAAACUCCCCUCCUUCGCGGCAGACGAAUUGCGCAAGCGUAUAGUGGACGUCGUUGGCCGGGUGUUCCUAGUACGCACGCGCUCGGUUCCGAGCUUCCCUUCCAGCUUCUAUUCUCCUUUCACUUCCUGGUCUUCCUCUCAUUUCUUCCGGGUCAAGCCGGUACCCGGGCAAGUAGCUGCUUUUACUUGGCCCAGGUGGGAGGCGAGAGUUUGGAGGAACCUCCGCUUCGGGUGGAGUCGAAGUGCUGGGGGCCAGGGCGGCCCCGGGGGAAGCGCGAGCACCAUGGCUCGAAAUGCAGAAAAGGCCAUGACGGCCUUGGCUCGAUUUCGCCAAGCUCAGCUUGAAGAAGGGAAAGUUAAGGAACGAAGACCUUUUCUUGCCUCUGAAUGUAAUGAGCUACCUAAAGCUGAGAAAUGGCGACGACAGAUUAUUGGGGAGAUCUCAAAAAAAGUGGCACAAAUUCAAAAUGCUGGUUUAGGUGAAUUCAGAAUUCGAGACCUGAAUGAUGAAAUUAAUAAACUCCUAAGAGAGAAAGGACACUGGGAGGUUCGGAUAAAGGAGCUGGGAGGUCCUGAUUAUGGAAAAGUUGGCCCUAAAAUGUUAGACCAUGAAGGGAAAGAGGUUCCAGGAAAUCGAGGUUACAAAUAUUUUGGAGCAGCUAAAGACCUUCCAGGUGUCAGAGAGCUUUUUGAAAAAGAACCCCUUCCUCCUCCAAGGAAGACUCGAGCUGAACUUAUGAAAGCUAUUGAUGCUGAAUACUAUGGUUACCGAGAUGAAGAUGAUGGCAUUUUGGAACCUUUAGAGCAGGAGCAUGAAAAGAAAGCAGGAGGGAAUCAUCCAGUUCUAAAAUUUCAAAAAGGACAUAGACUGAUGCACAUUAUAAGAAAGAUCAUAGGACCUGCAAACCAGACACUGAUAUCAGUCUUGCCUGUGGCAGUCAUAGCAGAAGCAGUAGAAAAGUGGAAAACUGAGCGAGAGGCCCGCCUUGCACGUGGUGACAAAGAAGAGGAGGAAGAGGAAAUAAACAUCUAUGCUGUGAAUGACGAGGAGUCUGACGAGGAGAGUGCCAAAGAGAAGGAAGGAGAAGAAGGGCAGCAGAAAUUUAUCGCUCACGUCCCCGUGCCCUCCCAGCAAGAGAUCGAGGAAGCUCUUGUACGAAGAAAGAAGAUGGAACUCCUGCAAAAGUAUGCCAGUGAAACACUCCUGGCCCAGAGCGAGGAGGCAAAGAGGCUUCUUGGAUUUUAGUAUCUUGGUGUCGCCUGGACUGGAGUACCUCAGUAGUUCUACACUCACCAUCCACCCAGUUUUGUUCACUAACAGAUACAAAUUGUCACAACAGUUUAAAGGUGGUCCUUUUCCAGUAAUUUUCCUGUUAGCUUUGGGGAUUGCUUAAUAGUAAUAUUUUUUCCUUUGGUUCCAUCCUGAGGUCAUAAAAAUCCAUUUUUUAAAAAAGAUCCAAAAAAUGGUCUGCAACUGUUUUGGUAUGCUGUCCCUAAGUGUUCCUGGUUGGGUUGUUCGUGUGCUGAACAUUUCAGCAAUUUGUUUUGUAUAAAUAUUUUAUUACUGUAUAAAUAAUUUUGCUUUUAAGGUUUGUCAAUAUCUAAUCACUGUGAAGAUAUUUUUAUUAAAUACUUUUGUAGGAAAGAAAA